AUUGCGCGCUUUGCUCCAGCGUGGAGCAGAACAACUGGGGCCAGUCUCUCGUCUUGCCUGUCAGUUGAUGUGCAGGGAGAAAAAUACGCAGGAAAUUCUUCGCGAGUUUUCAGGCAAUUUGCUUUAUGGUUCUCAACUUUUUUCGGUAUAGGAGGAGCAGCUAGUGAUGUCCGAGGUGAAGGGAAAUGGGAAGAGAAGUCGGAGAUAGAGUGUAGAAGUCAGUGAAGUGUCCGUGCGAGAGAGCGAGGUGAGAUUGACUGGUUGUUCGUAUCUAUGGCGAAAGGUGUCUUGCGCAUCGCUUAAUGACCCUGAGAGUUAAGAUUUUUAUUUUUUAUUUUUUAUUUAUUUUUUCUUCUCUCGUUGAAGGUUGAGCAUGUGUCUAGUGUCUGUCCUGCACAGUUUAUAUUUUUGGAAGCCCUCGAGCUUCUGGAGACUCGAAGUGCAGUACAAUUCCUGCGCCUCUGGUUCUUGACUAAAAGAAAAUCUUGGAAAGGUCAUUGUCAUUCGAACUUCGCAUUUUGCACUCCACCUAGAGGACGUUGUUUGAACUCGUAGCUGUAAGGGAAAAUACAAAAAAAUUAAAAUAAGGUAGUUCUUGGACGCAUUGUUGUAGCCAUUCAUUAAGAGAGGUUGAGAACGUUAAUUAUUGUGAUAAUUGGAAAGACAAAGAGUCUGGGGAAGAGUCUCAUCAGUGGAUAUGAAUGUCGGAAAAAUCAGUGAGUGAGUGUGGCCUGAGCUUCCGUAAAGCUAACUCAGAGUAGAUGGUGUAGAGCAAAGAGAUUGUUUAUAAGCUUUUUAUAUCCGUCGAAUUCGUUCAUGUAGAGUUUUGGAAGGAACCUUCGCAGACAAUGCAGACUGACUAGUUCCUGGAGAGCUCGUCGGAGCAUAGUUGAGUGUUAAAUUUGUGUCGUUGAGGUAGUCUCGAGGAAGAAUCAAAGGGUUGUGAGUGACAACGACAAUGGUUUCUCCCUACGUGCUUGCGGGUGGUUUUGGCUCCUAUGGGCAUCCGGAGGUGGACAAGCCUGCUUUGCCGGAGUUUUUUCACAUCGACGACCUGUUGGACUUCAGUUGUGACGAUAUUGGGGGUCCAAUAGUGGGAGGGCACUUGCAGCUGUCUGGUGUGACAAUUGAGAGCUCUGUGAAUGGUGGUGAAACGAGCAUCUCAUCUUCACCGUUGGAACUUGAGAGCGAGCUAAUAGAGAAUGCGAUGCAGGAUAUUGAAGUCAAGGCAGACCUCUGUGUUCCAUCAGAUGAUCUUGCCGAUCUCGAGUGGCUUUCAUCGUUUGUGGAAGACUCUUUUACGGCAGUCGACACACCAGAGAUUUUCUCAAGAUACGGCGAUUUUCCCUCCGCUAUCAACAACAGCGGCGAACUAACGCCUAACAUGAAGCUGUCUAACGCGUACCAGCCAUAUCAGAAAUCAAGUCCAACCUCUGUCUUGGAGACCAGUACAACUUCAUCGGAAUUCACUGGACCAGAUUACAGGGAUGUGUCCGUUCCUGGAAGAGCACGAAGCAAAAGGUCAAGGACGGGAGUCAAGACAUGGACAACAAGAAUUCUUUCCACCAGCUCCUCUGUGAAUAGCCUUGAGUCGAUGGGAGCCGACUCGUACUCCUUGUCCUACUCACCAAUCAUGUCGUCGGAGGACGGGUCUGGCGACAGUACGGUGGAUGCUGGUGAGCAAGACGACGAGGACUCGCAAGGUUCCAAGCGAUGCAAGACGAAUAACGGUGGUCAGAGCCAGAAUCAGAGCAAGAAUAGCGUGAGCACGAACGCCAACAGCAACGGCAAUAGCAAAGGGAGGAAGAAGAAUCAGGACAAUUCGCAGCCGUGGCGGUGCAUGCACUGCCAAACCCAGCGCACCCCGCAAUGGAGGACGGGUCCAAUGGGGCCGAAGACAUUGUGCAAUGCCUGCGGGGUGCGGUACAAGUCAGGAAGGCUGCUCCCAGAGUACCGACCGGCGGGAUCUCCGACAUACGAGGCAUCGAGGCAUUCUCAUUCACACAAGAAGGUGCUAGAAAUGAGACGAGAGCGGGAGCUGCGAAUGCAGCAGCCAGGAGGGCAUGCGGUGCAGCAACAAGGUGUUCACGGCCCGGCGGCAUUACGCGAGAAGACAAACAACAUAGAGGCGGGAGUGAAGGGGUCAAGUGGGGAGUACGUGAAAUCGGAUUAUGGAAGCUAUGGAUCAAAGUGUCUGGAGUCGAUGAAGGCGCGUUUGUCGCAGCCGAUGGAUUUACCUCGACCUCGGAAGAAUGAGCUACCGAAGUAUCCGAGCAACGCGUCGGGGCUGGAAUUUUCGACAUGCUUGACAAGCACGACGGCCGUUCUUGGGUCUCGGGUGGACUUCGGGGUGGAUGACAAAAGCAUUAGAGAGAUGAGGGAGCUGUAAGGUCCUUGGAGGAGAAAAUUUGGAAGCCAAAUUUUUUUAGCUGGGUGAAUAUAUUCUUUUGGGGAACUUAUGAAGAGACUUUGUACAUGGGAGAUAGUAAGACACAGAAAGAGGCUUAGGAGAUUCAGAUGUCAGCCGAUCAAUUUAUACCCCCUACUAUUGCCCCUUGAUUUUGCUACAAGUACUUAGAAAAAUACAAAGUGAAACGGCAAAAGUGUACUUGGUUAUUAGAUCGUUGUGAAAUUCACAAUGGUUUUGUAGAUGAUAGGUACAGGAGGCACUUCUUUGUCAACGCCUUUGUAGCAACAGCAGACACCAAUGUCAAAUGGAAUCGUGAUUUUGGGUCUAUACAUUUUUAUAGCGCUGGUUGUAAUUUUAUUGGCCCCUUCCCUUUGCAGAGGAUACUGCAAGUAAGGUGGAUAUAUGUAUGCUACUCUCACAAGUUCAAUGGGAAUCAUUCUUUGAGAUCA